CCUCUGCCCGCAGGUUCUGCACUGGCCGGGAGUGAAUGUUUUACAGCGGCCGCUUCUGCCUGCGAGAAAUAAGGAUGUCUAAGCCCCUGGAGGCGGAGAAGGCGCGCGCGGAGCUGCACGGGGAGCACCCAGACACAGAAAGAAAUGGACCCGACACGAACCACCAGGCCCAGCAGAACAAGCCCCCCCCAUUUGCCCCAGCCCCCCCCGGCCCCGGAGCCAAGAUCAAGGCGGAGGACGCGGCGGAGAUGCCCCCGGCGCAGCCCCUGCCCCAGCCCCAGCUGAUGCUGGCGGGGAGCCAGCUGGCGGGGGACAUCCAGCAGCUCCUGCAGCUCCAGCAACUGGUGCUGGUGCCCGGCCACCACCUCCAGCCGCCCGCCCAGUUCCUGCUGCCGCCGGCCCAGCAAGGGCAGCAAGGGCUGCUGCCGACGCCAAAUCUCUUUCAGCUACCUCAGCAAAACCCCGGGGGCCUCCUGCCAAACCAGCCCCGCCCGGGGCUGCCAGCACAGCCAGCGACUCGGCCGGGCCUCCCCGAGUCCCACCUCAGCCACGGGCCCCCCCCGAAAUGCCUGGAGCCGCCGGCACACCCCGAGGAGCCCAGCGACCUGGAGGAGCUGGAGCAGUUCGCACGCACCUUCAAGCAGCGCCGCAUCAAGCUGGGCUUCACGCAGGGCGACGUGGGGCUGGCGAUGGGGAAGCUUUACGGCAACGACUUCAGCCAGACGACCAUCUCGCGCUUCGAGGCGCUCAACCUCAGCUUCAAGAACAUGUGCAAGCUCAAGCCGCUGCUGGAGAAGUGGCUCAACGACGCCGAGACCAUGUCGGUGGACUCCACCUUGCCCAGCCCCAACCAGCUGAGCAGCCCCAGCCUGGGCUUCGACGGGCUGCCGGGCCGGCGCCGCAAGAAGCGGACCAGCAUCGAGACCAACGUCCGCUUCGCCCUGGAGAAGAGCUUUCUCGCGAACCAGAAGCCUACCUCAGAGGAGAUCCUGCUCAUCGCCGAGCAGCUCAACAUGGAGAAGGAGGUCAUCCGCGUCUGGUUCUGCAACCGGCGCCAGAAGGAGAAGCGCAUCAACCCCUGCAGCAGCAGCCCCAUGCUGCCCUCCCAGGCCAAGCCCCCCGGCUACAGCCCACACGUGGUGAGCAGCCCCAGCGCCGGCGUGAGCCUCCCGCUCUCCCAGGCCUCCGGCAGCCUGAGCACAACAGUUACUACCUUGUCGUCGGCCGGCGGCUCGCUGGCGCCCGGCCGCUGCGCGGGGGCCGGGGGGGUCCCCGCCCUGCCCUCCGCCACGCCGCCCCCCAGCAACAGCACAAACCCCAGUCCCCAGAGCGGCCACGCGGCCAUGGGCCUCUCGGGCCUGAAUCCCGGCACGGGAAGCGCCGUGCUAGGGGUGAACGCGGGGUUAAACCCGGCGCUCAUGGCCACUAACCCGCUGGCCACCAUCCAAGCCUUGGCCAGUGGUGGAAACCUGCCGCUUUCCAGCCUUGACGCCGGCGGGCCGCUGGUGCUGGGCUCGAGCGCGGGGACGGCGGGCAGCCCCAGCAUGGUGACGUCCCCGCUCUUCCUCAACCACGGGGCCCUGCCGCUGCUGGGGGCCGCCCCGGGCGCCGUGGGGCUGGUGCCGGCCGCCGUGGCCGCCGCCGCCGCCGCCGCCGCCGCCGCCUCCUCCUCGCCCGGCCCGGCCUCCUCGCCGUCCUGCUCCUCCUGCAGCUCCGCCAGCGACGCCGCCGCCGGCCCCGCCGCCGACACGGACCCCCGGGCCGAGUGACGGGGACCCCCCUUCCCCCCCGGACCGGCAGCGACCAGAAAAAGAAACAAAGAGAAAAUACCCCCCCCCAAACCCCCCCAACCCCAGCACGCGCUAAAAAACCAAAAACUCCCCCAAACCCCCGGCGCGCCACGUCCCGGACCGGCGGUGGCCGGACCCCCCCGACACACACACCGCCCUUUAACUUAACUUAACUUGACCACGUUCGGGGGGGGGCAGCUCCUCAGACACCCCCCCACCCCGACACCCCCAAAAUUUCCAAUUCCUUCUAUUUCCCCGGGGGCGGGGGGGGCACAGACCAAGAAGAGGCGGUUUUUUUCCGCCCCGUUUUGUGUCUGUUGAAAGUGUGUGUGUG